AAGCCAGCAUGCUUAUAAGGAGACACACACACACGCACACACACACCCCCCCACACACACACACACACACACACACACAGUCGUCCUUGAGAACAACAACAGCAACAGCAGUCAAGAUGAGACUUUACCUUGCAGUAGCCGUGCUCCUGCUGGCUCUGGUCGCACACUCUGAGGCUCAGGAUACGACAAUGGAGGACCACCUUGCCAAGGCUGGCGAUCGGUUAUCUGAGUUUGGCAGAACCAUUGCCGAGAAGACCAAGACAGCCCUCGAGAAGUUCCACCAGAGCGAGUUUGCAGUCGCCACCACGAACUUUUUUAGGAAAGGCUGGCAGAAACUGAAGGAACAAGUGGAUGAACUCACACAGUAGACCUUGAAGUAUACAUCCUGACCUUACCCAAUCCACUAAAAUGGUUACAUGACUCCUAUUCUGCUAAAAGGGAGCGACAAGGUGCAUUUUAUACAUUAAAAAAAGCAUCAUUAUUAUUAUGGAUAUACUGUACGUAAUUCAAUUUACUGCAAUGUGUGUACCAAAUAAAUGCAAAUAAAAUAAACAGAUUUCCUAGUCUAGAA